AAUUUAAUGAGAGGGACAAUAAAAGUUUGACCCUUUUUAGAGAGACUAUUGACUUGGACGAGACCUGAGAAUCCGACACAUUUAACUCUCCUCUUCUCUCUCUCUACAAACAUUCAUUUCUCCCUAAUAACAUAUCGAAAUUCACACACUCUUGUAAAGCUUAUCUCCACACUUCUCCAGCACUCUUCUUCUUUAAUUUUCUUCUGGGGUCUUAAUUCUGGUUCUUUGUAAGACAAUGAGUGCUUCAAAGUUCAUUAAAUGUGUAACUGUCGGAGACGGAGCUGUGGGGAAGACAUGUAUGCUUAUCUCUUACACUAGCAACAAGUUUCCCACUGAUUAUAUACCGACUGUGUUCGACAACUUCAGUGCCAAUGUCUCCGUGGAUGGACAGAUCGUGAAUCUGGGGCUAUGGGACACUGCUGGUCAAGAAGAUUACAGUAGGUUGAGGCCGUUGAGUUACAGAGGAGCUGAUAUCUUCGUCUUAGCCUUUUCUCUUAUCAGCAAGGCCAGUUACGAGAAUGUACUUAAGAAGUGGAUGCCUGAACUUCGUAGGUUUGCUCCAAAUGUUCCCAUAGUUCUUGUUGGUACAAAGCUAGAUCUUCGUGAUGAUAAGGGAUACCUCGCUGAUCAUACCAAUGUCAUUACCUCUACUCAGGGAGAGGAAUUGAGGAAGCAAAUCGGUGCAGCUGCUUACAUCGAGUGCAGUUCCAAGACUCAACAGAAUGUGAAAGCAGUGUUUGACACAGCGAUCAAAGUGGUUCUCCAGCCACCAUGGAGGAAAGAGGUAACUGGGAAUAAGAAGAAACACAGAAGAUCCGGUUGCUCCUUUGCGAGCAUUGUCUGUGGAGGCUGCGCCACAGCUUAGGACAUAACACAAGUGAAGUGACAAGUCCCAGCAACAUUGUCUCUCUCUCUCUCUCUCUGGUCGGUUUAUUGGUAUUGUUGUAGGCAGAAGAAUUACAACUAUGGAAGAUAAGGGAACUGUUGGUUCUCUUAAUUUGUAUGUGAAGUUCCUUUCUCUG